AUGGUGGAACAGGCAUCAUGGUCAAGAAAGAGAGAUCAGAUCAAGCCGGCCCUGAUAUGGAAGUUCACCAAGCCGGAGGUAGACCACGCCCUGGAAAGGAUCGAGCGAUUAAAGUCGCUGAUCCAAUGUGCCUUAACUGAAGACGUAUUCACGUUGUUUCAGGCCAUUCACGGUGAUAUCGUGGCUUUGGGAAACCAGAUGGAGCGACUUCAUAUUCGUACUGAGCGGCUGCAAAGCCAUACUGAUCAGGACUUGCAACAUCGACUGGCGCAAUGGUUGGGUAUUCCAGACCCGUCGACGAAUUACCACGCAGCUCUCCAGAAGCGACACCCCAAGACUGGAUUGUGGUUGGUAAACGGGAUACAUUUCGCUGGUUGGAAAAGCUCCGAAUCUUCUUUGAUGUGGCUGUACGGCAAUGCGGGUUGUGGCAAGACGGUACUAAGCGCUGCGGCGUUGCAAAGCAUAAUCCAGCACCGAGACUCUCGACCGGACACGGCCGUCGGCUACUUCUAUUUUGACUUUAACGACGCCGAGAAGCUGUGGUCAGGAAAGGCGAUUCGAUCAAUAUUGUUCCAGUUUGCUCAACAAGCGAAUCACGAUCUCCAGAACCUGAAGCAGAUGUACCAAAGUUGUGGGAAUGAGCAGCAGCAGCCGGCCGAGGAUGCGAUCCGAUCACUGCUUCGCGACACGACGGACCGGAUAGGAUCCAAGUUCGUCGUCUUGGAUGCGCUGGAUGAAUGUACUGAUCGGGAAGAUCUCUUGACGUUUCUCCGCAAUUUGGUCGACCUAAAGCUGACAGGUCUCCGUGUGAUGGCGACGAGUCGUCGAGAGAAAGGCAUCGAAGAGCGAUUGACACCGAUGGCGAACUACAGCAUCGACAUCCAGAGUGCUGUUGUGGACGCGGAUAUCCAGACCAGGUUCCGAUGGGUGUACUGUCAGCUGGAAUCGAUUCGACACUGUGCUAAGCUGCGAGCGCUCCAAGAGGCAUUAUCGAGCUUGCCCAAGACGCUGGACGAGACGUAUGAUCGGAUAUUGCAAGGUCUGGAGUCGAGAGGCCAGCUCCGUGAUGCGGUCACGACAUUGCGGUGGUGGUGCUAUUCAAUACGUCCUUUACACAUGGCCGAAAUAGUGGAAGUCCUUGCCAUUGAGGGCGGAGACGAUGGAGGCUUUUUCCCGGAGGAGCGCCUUCCAGACCCGGCGGAUAUUAUGGUGGUAUGCUCCAGCUUGAUCAGCUGUAGUGCUGCCGCAGAUGACGACGAUGACAACUACAACGAAUACGGCAACGACGACGACAAUGACGAUCGUGAUGGAGGCGAUAGUAGCCAUCCAGAAGGCCACAUCAAGCAGAUUCGACUGGCCCACUUUUCUGUGAAAGAAUAUCUCUCAAAUCGAUGUGCUCUUCACUCAGAUUUCCAGACCCCGGCGUUGGUGCUUCGGUAUCCACUGGUUCGGUAUGCUGCGGAACAUUGGUGGCGGCACGCACAGAAGGUCGAUGAAGCUGAUGCCCGUACAAUGAUCGAUCUCGCGUCGAGACUGUUGAGCGUCGAAGAUGGGGCCCUGUUGUCAUGGAUACGGCUCUACAACCUUGAUGCCCUGCGGAGAGGCUUGUACCUGUCCCUCACAUCUGCUGAUGUGGCCCCGCCAUUGUAUUACGCAGCUUCUGUCGGGUUGUUGAGAGUCACUGAGAAUGUAUUGCUACAUACAACGAAUGUCAAUGCUCAAGGAGGCAGGUAUGGUAAUGCCCUGCAAGCAGCUUCAUAUUGGGGCUACGAGAAGGUGGUACAGCUACUGCUGGACGCGGGAGCAGAGCACGAUGAGUGGAGCGGUUAA